AUGGAAAGCUACUUUCCUCCGGGAGCUACAGCUAACCACUCGUCCAUACGUACUUCUUCUCCAGCCUCCACCCCGCUAUCGCCGCCUACACAGCGAUCAAAUGCCUUGUCAAACCGACUGACAAGUGUACUGUCGGCCUCCUAUGCGGACUCCGAUAUACGUGACGCGCUGGAGACACUCAGUCUUCGGGGCGUACACAACACUGCAGAGACACGAAGGCAGCUGCGCUUAGAUGUGCAAAAAGAAGUUGUGGAAUGCAAUGCAGAAAUCGUGCGGGACUUUGGCAAGGUCGCGGAGCACAUUGUCCGAGCCAAACAGGACACGGCACCGGUCAUCGAGGAAGCAUCUGCACUGAUGAACCAGAAGAAGGAAUCGGAGACAAAGCAACAACUUCUCGAUGCGUUCGUGAAGCACUUCGUCGUCUCGGACGAUGACCUACUUGUUCUCACAUCGGCAGAGGAACCCAUUGACGACCGCUUUUUCGAUGUACUUGAUCGGGUAAAACAGGUGCACCAUGAUUGCGAAGUCCUCCUGGGAGGGGAGAACCAAAGACUGGGCUUGGAAUUGAUGGAGAAGAGCUCCAGGAAUCUGAAUUCUGCGUAUCAGAAACUCUUUAGAUGGAUACAGAAGGAGUUUAAGUCAUUAAAUCUCGAAGAUCCGCGAAUCAGCAGUUCAAUCAGGCGCGCUUUGCGCGUCCUGGCCGAACGACCGAGCCUCUUCCAUAGCUGCUUGGACUUCUUCGCCGACGCACGAGACUAUGCCCUGUCCGACGCCUUUCAUUAUGCCCUAACCGACGCCGUCUCCGGCUCUGGGGGUGACCGCAAUGUGAAACCGAUUGAGUUUUCUGCUCAUGACCCUUUGCGGUACGUCGGUGAUAUGCUGGCAUGGGUCCACUCUACGACUGUAUCCGAGAGAGAGGCCUUGGAAGCUUUGUUCGUAGCAGAUGGGGAGGAAAUCGCAAAAGGGAUCCAGGCUGGCCUGAGCAGCGAACCCUGGUCACGUAUCGAUGAGGGAGAAGAGGUUUCCUUUGAUGGUCAGAAAGCCCUUAGCGACCUCGUGAAUCGCGAUCUAGUCGGGGUGUCUCGAGCUUUACGGCAGCGAGUUGAAUUGGUGAUUCAGGGCCACGACGAGCCAGUCACUUGCUACAAAGUGGUUCACUUGCUUUCGUUCUAUCGAGCCACCUUUUCCAGACUGCUGGGAACGAAAUCCAAUUUGGCAGACAUGAUGCAGACACUAGAGAACUUUACUUUCGCCCGCUUCGAAAGCAUUAUGCGCGAGCAAGUCAAUGUACUCUCUAACGAUCACGCUGCCUUGACUCCACCGGACGACCUUUCCGCGCCGGAGUUCUUCCUUGAUGCCUUGGAAGAACUGACCUCCCUCAUGAAGACCCAUGACGCUUCACUCGGGGCAGAAGAUGCGGAAUCCGAAAGCACAGCGGAUAACAAAUUUACACCCGUCCUCCGUGUCGCGUUUGAUCCUUUCCUGCAAUUGGCCAAAUCUUCAGCCGCCGAGCUCCCCGACGCAACAGCCCGAGCUAUCUACACCACCAACGUUCUUCUAACAGCGCGCUCAACGAUCUCUGCCUUCCCAUUCGCAAGUGCAACACAUCUGAAUCCUAUCUCAACAGCAUUGUCUAGCCUGCGGAUGGAAUUGCUCGAAAUUCAACACCGCUAUCUUCUCGAUGCUUCAGGCCUGGGCGUCUUGUUAGCUGCCCUCGAGUCUUUCUCACCAUCCCCAACAACUUCAAAACCGGAAUCUGAAGGAAAAGAUGGCCACGCACCGCCACAGGCUGAUAGACAACCCACAGACAUCGCCGAGAUAGCCGACCUUCCCGCCUUCCAGCAAGAAGCCCUCAUCGCCGUCAGCCAACAACUCGAUGACUUCCUUCCCUCGGCCCUAAUGGAUGCUACGGAUAACUUGAAGCACCUUCAGAGCGCCAGUUUCGUCCAGAGUGUCACCGAAGAAGCGGUCGAGGCUUUCUGCCGCGACUUUGAAUUUGUGGAGGGCAUGAUUAUCGGCGCGGACGAAGCUAGAGGUAGAGUACAUAUUAAACGGACGGAGGAUGGAAGUGACGCUGGCGUUGAGGAUGAUGUUGUCACUGAGAGCGGAAAGGUACCUGAUGGUGAUGAGCAGGAAUCCGGGCUUAGGAGGCUCUUCCCUCGUACUACGGGCGAGAUCCGGGUGUUACUGAGUUGA